AUGGCACUCUGGUCCAGCACACAGCUCUUUACCUCUAAAGUGCCCCGGAAAAUCUUAUUCAUGUUCACCCUGUCCCUCUCUGUCACAUACUUGUUCUAUAGCUUGAUGAGCUGCUACAACUCGCUGCAAUUCCCCCUGCAAGAGAACUACGCGUAUCAGGGGAGGCUCGUGACCGACGAGCCAACUUUUGUCACGCUAAGGGAAAAACUUUACUCCGUCUCUCAAGGUUUGACUGAAUACACGGAAGCUACGGCCAGGUUCACCGCCGUGUCCACUGCGCGAGAUGACGAACAACGGACAGUGGAGUGGAUUAGGACUCAAGCGUCUCCCACUAAAUCUGUGGUUUAUUAUCAACAGCAACAGCACAGCGUUGCACCCGAGAAAGAGGAAAAGGCGCGCCAGGAGUCCAGCACCACGGACAGCGAACUCAGGGUGAACUGCACGUCGGAUUACGGCGAGAAGAAGCUGCCACAAGCCAUCAUCAUCGGGGUGAAGAAAGGGGGGACCCGAGCGCUGCUGGAGGCUUUAAGGGUCCACCCGGAUGUCAGGGCGGUGGGAAACGAGCCGCACUUCUUUGACAGGAACUACGAGAAAGGAUUGGACUGGUACAGAGAACUGAUGCCUUCAACGCUGGAGGGCCAGAUCACCAUGGAAAAGACGCCGAGCUACUUCGUGACCAGCCAUGCCCCGAAGCGCAUUCACUCCAUGGCGCGUGACAUCAAACUGAUUAUUGUGGUGCGCAACCCCGUAACAAGAGCCAUUUCGGACUACACACAGACUUUGUCCAAGAAACCGGAGAUUCCCACUUUUGAGGUUCUAGCUUUCAAGAAUCGGACGCUUGGACUGAUUGAUGCAUCCUGGAGUGCGUUGCGUAUAGGGAUUUACGCAUUACAUCUGGAGACGUGGAUGCAGUAUUUUCCUCUUUCGCAGAUGCACUUUGUAAGCGGGGAGAGAUUGAUAGUGGACCCCGCUGGAGAGAUGGCCAAAGUACAGGACUUUUUAGGACUGAAGCGGAUCGUAACGGACAAACACUUUUACUUCAAUAAAACUAAAGGGUUCCCCUGUUUAAAGAAGCCAGAGGACAGCAGUAUGCCUCGGUGCCUGGGAAAAUCCAAAGGCAGAACUCAUCCUAAAAUCGACCCGGAUGUGAUUCGGCGACUCCACAAGUUCUAUAAACCCUUUAAUAUGAUGUUCUACCAAAUGACCGGACAGAACUUUGAAUGGGAGCUAGAGGCUGAACAUGAACAUAAAAGCGCUCAGGACUAG